AGCUGGCCGAUUGCGAGUCCUGGCAACGCUUGCUGCGCUUUCGAGAGCUCUACGCCAAAAUAUUGUAUCGCACAUCACAGUAGCCAUUCAAGAGCACUGGCCAUUCGCACCCUUUGCCAAGCGACAGGAUUCCUGGGCUUUGGGAGGCAGCCUUUCAUUGGAUUCGUGAGCUUUAAAAGAGUCGUCUCCAGUGGAUGAGGUGGCCGACUGCGCGUCCUAGUGUUUCUUGUUGUGCCGUUGAGCUACCAGACAUCGAAGAGACCUUUUCUCCUCGGCGUCUUCCUCCCUCUUUUCUUAUUCAUUCAAUUAUCUCCACCGACCCUUUGAGUCAAGGCUGCUCUAUCGCAUCGAAAAAGCCUGGGCGGGUGGGAUCCUGUGUCUACAUGAGCUGAUUCAUGACAUCGGGGCUUCGUUUCAGGAUACGUUCGUGACUGCUGAUGCUUGCUUGGGACAGAUAGGCAACAUAUAAAAUGACUGCAGCGGUCCCAUCGUCUGAGACGUCCUCGGCGCUCAAGAUUGAUUUGCACAACGUCCCUGCUGUCAUCGGCCGGGAUGAGACCCUUGAGGCAUCCCCCCAAUCAUCUAUACCAGCAUCUCUGGCCCUCGAUCUCGAUUCAACAAACAAAACCGCCUCGCUCAGGCUUCGCAUUACUCUGCAUCGACGCCGCCAAGAUGAGGCUGUUCCUGUCUACCUUGUGAUCCAUUUCCAACAGAUACAGUCGAUCGUCGAGUCCGUGCCUGCCCAGGUACAAGCCGAUGCUGAGGCGUUGCGUGAUAAGACGCAUCGCUUGCUGUUUCGCCUCGAGAAGCCUCCCAUCCUCGUCACACCGCAUGAACCACUGCGCCUCAAUGACAGGACCCAGACUGCCCUGCUGCGGUCCGUACGAUCAGCUGCCCAGCGCAAUGUCUUGUCACUUUACAUUGGAGACGGUGCUCUGUCUCAAGCUCAGCUCACGAUGCUCUGUGAGACUUCAUACCAAGACUUUGGUCCCAGCAACAGUCUCGGCGACUAUGUGAGCCUCUAUCAUGGCAAAGGUGGCAAGGUCGUCGAUUGUAUCGGCGUUGAUGAUGUGCCAGCCGAGAGCCCUCCAUCGUACAAUGAGCUUGGGGCACCGCCCCCUGUACCUCCAAUAGCAUACAACGCAGACGUAGCCACGUCGUCUAAGAAGCGUCGACUAUCCAGCCCUGUCCCUCGCGACUUCGACAUCUCACUUGUCGAAACCAUUUGCAAAAAGAUUUGCGCUGAACAAUAUACCAAGCUGCGUGCCGAGCUUUCGGCGUCUGAAGCCCGCAUUGUAGAUUGCCUUGACCAACGCCUAAACGAUCAUUUGUCGGGCCUGAACGACGAGUGCCAGGCCAGGUUUAAAAAUCUCGAAAAUCAGAUUCAAGAUAUCAGGGACCAAGUCAGCAGGUUGGACGAGGCGUGUCACGCGGAUAUGGAGAGGCUGGACGACCGAAUCCAAGAGGUCAGUGAUGAUGUUGACAGGCGGGUGGACUACGAGGUGGAAGACCGGGUCCUUGCUAUCAAACUCAGCAUGGAGGACUUUGUCAAGGAUGAGCUGAAGAACACUGAAGAUACCAUCAAGCAGCAUCUUGAGGAAGCAAGCCUAUCUUUACAUUUUAAUUAGUAGCAUUCCAAUCUUGGCAGCCGGCAUGCGACCCCGAUAUAAUAUAGCAUGUGCUGAACAACC